AGGGCAUGCAUUGGGUUCUGCAGGGAGCAUGGAAGGCAGGAAAUGGGGAUUGCCAACUGACCGGGUUGCCAACGUACCAGGGAAGCCCAGAAUGCUGGGCUUUCAAGACCUCAAUGAACGAGUGGGUGCCCAUCGCUAAGGAGUACGACCCCCUCAAAGCCGGAAGCAUCGAUGGCACCGAUGAAGAGCCUCACGACCGGGCGGUCUGGAGGGCCAUGACAGCCCGCUAUGUCCCCAACAAAGCUGUUUCCGGAGACCCUCACCUGACCCUCUUCGUAGCCCGGCUCAACCUGCAAACCACGGAAGAGAAGUUAAAAGAGGUGUUCUCCCGGUACGGAGACAUUCGGAAAAUCCGCCUGGUUCGGGAUCUGGUUACGGGUUUCUCCAAAGGCUACGCUUUUAUCGAGUACAAAGAGGAACGGGCCCUGUUGAAAGCCCACCGCGACGCCAACAAGCUGAUCAUCGACCAGCGGGAAAUCUUUGUCGACUUUGAGCUGGAAAGGACCCUCAAGGGGUGGAUCCCCCGUAGGCUUGGAGGUGGUUUCGGAGGGAAGAAGGAAUCGGGCCAGCUGCGGUUCGGAGGCCGAGACAGGCCUUUUAGGAAGCCCAUCAACUUGCCUGCCAUGAAGAACGAUUUUUACAGCGAGGGGAAAAGGGAGCGGGCUUGGUCCCGGGGAGACUCGAGGGAUCGGAAGGCCGGGGAACGAGAUUACGAGCGAAGCCGGGAGCCCCGGCGAUCGGAACGAGAACGGUCGUGGGGAUACGGCAAGAGCGAGCGAGACCUGGAACACCGCGUAAGAGAAGACCGAGGAGGCAGAGCCACGGAAGGGAGGGAGCGGGAGAGGAAAGACCGGAACCGCGAGGCCAAAGACGGCAAGGGAUGAAGGCCGCGCCACACCGAUGGGACAUUUCCUUCAAACGCUGCUCAGUUGAAGGAGGACAUCAGAAGCAUAGAUCUUGCUUCUGAGCCAAGGUGGUUGGUCGUCUGGAACCAGCACAGACAUUGUGGCAGGAAUGGCAGCUUCCCAGCUGGAGAAGAGUGAAUGUUGUGCCCUCGCUUGAUCGUUGCGCCUGUGUCUUAUUCCAAGAUCUGCUGAACGACGGAUCCCAAAUUCUCAACAUUGAUACUACCGCCUGUUAUAGCUGAAGUGCCAAAAAAGGAGAGAGAGAUGGUUUAGGAUUGCCACUCCCAUCCCACAUCCUUUAAUUCUUGAAAAGGUCUGGAUUAAACUAAGGCCUUGAAAGCUUCCUCAAGGCAGAAGGGUAGCUGUUGCCCUAAAACAAGGGUCUCCAAACUUGGCAAGUUGUGGACUUCAACUCCCAGAAUUCCUGAGCUAACAUGACUGGAGGAGGAAUUCUGGGAGUUGAAGUCCACAAGUCUUAAAGGUGUCAAGUUUGGAGACCCCUGCAAUAGAUAAAGAGAGGUAGAAUAAAGAAAGAUAGAAUAGAUAGGGGGAGAGAGAGAAAAAGAUAGAAUAGAUAGAGUAGAUAAAGAGAGGUAGAAUAGAUAGAUAAGAGUCGAUCAAGGGUCUUCAAACUUGGCAAGUUUGUCCUGUGGGCUUCAACUCCCAGAAUUCCUGAGCUGACAUGACUGGAGGAGGAAUUCUGGGAGUUGAAGUCCACAAGUCUUAAAGCUGUCAAGUUUGAAGACCCCUGUCCUAAAAAGUGAGGUGGGAUUGAAUUGUAGAGAUGGGAUGUGGGAGGACUCAGACCGAAAGACCAUUUACCAGUCAAGUGAAAUCACCCGGAGGCCUCUUGUUAAUUCAGAAAUAAGUUUAU